UUUUUUUUUUUUGUUGGGGUAAACUUCAUUCCAUUCUUAAAAGCCAACCUCACCACUCUUCUUAUAUAGCUUCCCAAUGGCUUCCACAUUCUAUACCAUUCUCUAACAAACCUUAAACAAGUGUAGAAAGUUUUGAAGAAGAAAGACAAAAAUGGCUGCCCAAGACAAGAACAAGGCAGCCAAUAAUCACAAUAAAAAAUUUCAGAAAAGUUAUUUUGAUGUGUUAGGGCUUUGUUGCUCUUCAGAAGUUCCUUUGAUUGAGAAUAUUCUCAAGUCUCUUGACGGUGUCAAAGAGUACUCUGUUAUUGUUCCAACAAGAACUGUUGUUGUUGUUCAUGAUAAUCUCCUUCUAUCUCAGCUUCAAAUUGUUAAGGCUCUGAAUCAAGCAAGGCUAGAAGCAAAUGUGAGAGUACAUGGAGAUAUAAGUUAUCAGAAGAAAUGGCCAAGCCCUUUUGCUGUCGCUAGUGGUGUAUUGCUUCUGCUCUCGUUGUUGAAGUAUGUGUAUCAUCCUUUACAUUGGCUUGCUCUUGGAGCUGUGGCCGUUGGAAUCAUUCCUAUCUUCUUGAAAGCAAUUGCUUCGAUAAGAAAUUUUAGACUUGAUACCAACAUUCUUGUUCUCAUUGCAGUGAUAGGGACAGUGGCUUUGAAGGAUUAUGCGGAAGCAGGAACAAUUGUCUUUCUGUUUACCAUUGCUGAAUGGCUCGAGUCAAGGGCAGGCCACAAGGCUAAUGCUGUUAUGUCAUCGUUGAUGAACAUAGCUCCUCAAAAAGCAGUAAUAGCUGAAACAGGGGAAGAAGUAGAUGUUGAUGAGGUUAAGUUAAACACUAUCGUUGCAGUGAAAGCUGGCGAAAUUAUACCCAUUGAUGGGGUAGUUGUAGAUGGAAAUUCUGAAGUAGAUGAAAAAACCUUAACAGGAGAAUCAUUUCCAGUUCCUAAACUCAAAGAUUCUACUGUUUGGGCUGGUACCAUCAACCUUAACGGUUACGUGAAUGUUAAAACUACAGCUUUAGCUGAAGAUUGUGUAGUAGCUAAAAUGGCAAAGCUAGUAGAAGAAGCUCAAAAUAGCAAAUCUACUACUCAAAGAUUCAUAGAUAAAAUUGCUCAGUAUUAUACUCCAGCGGUAAUAAUUAUAUCAGCUAGCUUGGCAGGUGUUCCUCUGGCAUUUAGGGUUGAUAACCUUAAGCAUUGGCUUCAUUUAGCUUUAGUUGUUUUAGUAAGUGCGUGUCCAUGUGCUCUCAUCCUCUCCACACCAGUCGCAACCUUCUGCGCCCUAACAAAAGCCGCAACCUCUGGUGUUUUGAUCAAAGGCGGGGAUUAUCUUGAAACUCUUUCCAAAAUCAAGGUUGUGGCUUUUGACAAGACUGGUACUAUCACCAGAGGUGAAUUUGUGGUCGUAGAAUUCCAAUCGCUUUGUCAAGAUAUAAGCAUUGACACAUUGCUUUACUGGGUGUCAUGCAUUGAGAGUAAAUCAAGUCAUCCGAUGGCAGCUGCUCUUGUUGACUAUGGAAGAAGUCUUUCGGUAGAGCCACGUCCUGAGAAUGUGGAAGAAUUUCAAAAUUUUCCUGGAGAAGGAAUUCAUGGAAAGAUUGAUGGGAAAGAAAUUUAUAUUGGAAACCGAAAGAUGGGUAUCAGAGCUGGCUGUGAAAGAAUUCCUCUGGUAGAAAUGGAUACAAAGAGUGGGAAGACUAUUGGAUAUGUUUACUCAGGAGCCACUCCUGCUGGAGUUUUCAGCCUCUCCGAUGCUUGUAGGACUGGUGUUGCAGAGGCGAUCGCAGAGCUUAAGUCACUGAGAAUUAAAACCGCUAUGCUUACAGGAGAUGGUCAAGCAGCAGCAAUGCAUGCUCAACAACAGCUAGGAAAUGCUCUUGAAAUAGUCCAUGCAGAACUCCUACCAGAAGACAAGGCAAGAAUUAUUGAAGCAUUUAAAAAGGAAGGGAAAACAGCAAUGAUAGGAGAUGGACUAAAUGAUGCUCCUGCAUUGGCUACAGCUGAUAUUGGUAUCUCUAUGGGAAUUUCAGGUUCAGCACUGGCAACAGAGACAGCACAUGUAAUUCUUAUGUCAAAUGACAUUAGAAAAGUGCCAAAAGCAAUUCAGCUAGCGAAAAAAGCUCAUAAGACAGUAAUUCAAAAUGUCAUUCUGUCGAUAUCAACAAAAUCUGCUAUCCUUGCCUUAGCCUUCGCUGGUCAUCCACUUAUUUGGGCUGCUGUUCUUGCUGAUGUUGGUACUUGUCUGCUAGUCAUUCUCAACAGCAUGUUACUUUUACGCGAAACGCAUAAGAAACACAGAGGAAAAUGCUGCAACUCAAAAUCUGCAGAAAAGAUCAAGAAAUGUGACAGUCACCACUCGUCUCAUCAUCAUAAGCAAUGUUGUGAGCAAAAUGUUGAAAGAGCAUGUACAACUCAUAAAUCUCAAAGAGGAAAAUGCUGCAAGUCGACAUCUGCAGAAAAAAUAAAGAAAUGUGACAGUAAUAUCAAGCGUUGCUGUGACAAGAAGGUGGAGAAGCAAUGUAGGCCAAGCUGUGCUUCAAAAUGUGAGCCUAAUGCAAACAAUAAGUGCACAGAUUCAGCUGAAUUGAAGCAUUGUAAUCAUUCGGUUUCUUUAGAAUCGAAAAAUCAGCAGAAACAUUCUUGCUCAGGCUUAAGCACCAGAGAGAAAUGCACAAAUUCAGUACAAAAGGAAGGCAAAUGUAAUGAAGGAGAGCAUUCUCCCCCCAGUCAUUGCAUAUCUAACCAUUCAAACCAUUCUACUGAUAUGGAACCAAUCACUCUAAAGAACAGCAAAAAUGGUCAUUGCCAUGAUCAUCAUUGUGGUAAAGACCAUGCUAAUAUUCAUGUUGAGGUUGAUUCUUUAGAAAACAUUGUUGAUUCGGGUUUUACUACUCCUCGGCCCAACCAACAAAAGCCAAAUUAUUGCUCUACUAGUCAAAUGGCAGCUGUGCAUGUUUGUAUGAGCUUAGAGAAGAGAGAAAUGGGCGGUUGUUGCAAAAGCUAUAUGAAGGAAUGUUGUGAUAAGCAUGGACAAUUUGCAAGUGGCUUGGGUGGAAGCUUGUCUGAAAUUAUCAUAGAGUAGAUAUAUAUAUAUAUAUAUAUAGCCAGCUUCAAAAGAUCUUCAGAAGGUUAUUUUCAUAGUUGAUAAGAAGAUAGGAAAUUUUUGUGAAGUGCAAAUGGGAUGACCUGAUUAAGAAUAAUCAAUGAAUCAAAUGGAGACAUUUGCAUUAACAUUACAAAUGUAUAUAUACUUGUAUUCAAUCAAAUAUUAUAGAGUUUGUGUUUCCUUAAUUUU